UCAGGCGUUGUAAAUAAACGGCUAAAGGAGACCUUGCUGCUGUAUCCAAUACCAGCCGGAGAAAGAGGAGGACGGGUUUCACUUUCUGGGUUGGCCAAGUCAGUUUUCGUUAAGGGGAAGGGGAAAAAAGAAAAAGAGAGGGUGAUGGUGUUUAUGGGCCAUGCAGAUUCAGUGAAAAAAAAGACAUCUUGGCUGAUGAUGAAUUAUGAUACAAGGCUGUGCAAUUGCAAUCUGCAGUAUGUAAAGUAAAUAGAGCGGAAGACGAAAGUUGAAGCCGAGUAUUACUUUGACUGAGCUCUAUCCUCCUCUUCCCAAGUUCCCAGUCUGGAAUUGAUUUUGCUAUUGGGCAAUAGAGGAAGGAGAGUUCCUGCCGUUCACACUCUCAGGCAGGCAAUCGGCAGGUCGAACUGUUGUUAAAGGUCUAACACUCAGUGUUUGCAGAAAGACACGCUUCUGUUUGUUUGUGUACCGAAAAGAAGACAAUUCUGUUAUGAUGGUUGGAUGCCUUUCAUGUACUCCCGAGGUUCUCCCCAAAAGUAAGCUAUUCACCGGCUCUAGGGUAACCAAAUUCGGUUCUCAGGAAGCUCUCACCUUACUCCAAAAUUGCGCCACUUCCAAACAUCUCAAGCAAAUCCAUGCUAAGAUUAUCCGGAAUGGUCUUUCUCACGAUCAAUUACUUAUCAGGAAACUCAUUCACCUUUGCUCUUCUUAUGGGAAAAUGGACUAUGCCAAUCUCAUAUUCCAUCAAAUCCAAGGCCCCCUUACUUUUACUUGGAAUCUAAUGAUCAUGUCCUAUACCAUCAACGGCUGCUCACAAGAAGCCCUCCUUCUGUAUAGCCUUAUGAUACACCAAGGAUUUCCACCCGAUAAGUUCACCUUUCCAUUUGUUAUCAAAGCUUGCAUUGCCUCUUCCGCAUUUGAGCAAGGAAAAGUGGUUCAUGGGUUAUCCAUAAAAAAUAGUUUCUCCAGAGACAUGUUUGUUCAAAAUACUUUAAUGGACUUCUACUUCAAGUGUGGAGAAAUAGAUUGUGGAUGCAGGGUGUUUGAAAAAAUGCGUGUACGAAAUGUAGUUUCAUGGACAACCAUGAUUUCGGGGCUAGUUGCUUGUGGGGAAUUGCAUGCUGCCCGAGCAGUUUUUGAGCGAAUGCCAGCUAAAAAUGUUGUUUCAUGGACAGCAAUGAUGAAUGGGUAUGUUAGAAAUCAGCAACCUGAAGAGGCUUUUGAGCUGUUCUGGAGAAUGCAGGUUGGUGAUGUUAGGCCAAAUGAAUUCACGCUGGUAAGCUUGCUGAAAGCUUGUACCCUAUUGGGGAGCCUCAAAUUGGGUAGAUGGAUUCACGACUUUGCUCUUAAAAAUGGAUUUGAACUUGAUGUUUUCCUUGGGACAGCUCUUAUUGAUACGUAUAGCAAAUGUGGUAGUUUAGAGGACGCAAGGAGAGUAUUUGACGAAAUGCGAAUCAAGAGCUUGGCUACAUGGAAUGCAAUGAUCACAAGCUUGGGUGUACAUGGGUUUGGAGAGGAAGCACUUGCCCUUUUUGCAGAGAUGGAGAAGGUGAACGUAAGGCCAGAUGCAAUCACUUUUGUUGGUGUUUUAUCUGCUUGUUUGCAUACAAAUAAUCUGGAGGCUGGUUGUAUGUAUUUCAAAUACAUGAGUAAACACUAUGGUAUUACGCCUAUUUUAGAACAUUACACUUGCAUGAUUGAACUAUAUAGCCGUGCUGAUAUGUUAGAUGAGGUAUGCAAAUUAGCGCAAUCCAUGCCUGUAAAGCAAAACAGAUAUAAAGCAGAGGAUAACGACAAUCAUCUUUCACUCGUGCAGAGGAAUUAGAUUGCUUAAGAGUCUGAGUUGGUAUCUGCACUUGAGAGCUUCAAGUAUGAUCUGGGUUGACUAUCUGACUGAUAAAUGACUGGAUUUUGAUUACGUAACAAUAUAUGUGUGCCACAGCAAGACCAAGACCAAGGACAAGGUAUUGUCCUUGAAAAAAGAUAUGAAACCAGACUCUCAUCUCAUGGUUACGGAUUUGGCAAAUGAUAAGCUUAAGCUUUGAAAGUGACCAGACCGAGACCAGGUGUUUGGACGGAAAUGGCUUGACCUCCUUGAUCAUGGAAUUUUUCCUCGUUGAUUUGUAGUGCUCCUUCCUUUAUUAGUUUGUAGUACUAAUGAAGAGAGUAAUUUUCUGAACUGAAGAGACUAUGGUAAAUGUUGAACAGAGAGUUCCAUUCUUAAA